CUCAGUCGCCUCCAACAACAAGAGAAUUUUUCAUUCUCCCAGUCAGGAUCAUGUCGACGACCACAGGGGCCUUCAUUGCCGGCGGCAUUGCAGCAUGCGGAGCGGUCACUGUCACCCAUAGUUUCGAGACCGUGAAGAUUCGGUUGCAAUUGCAGGGAGAGUUACAAUCUAAAGCCGAUCAAGCCAAGAAAUACCGGGGUGUGCUUCACGGCAUUAAGGUUAUCUUGCAGAAUGAAGGUCCUCGGGGACUGUUUCGAGGAAUUGGGACUGCCUACAUCUACCAAGUCCUCCUCAACGGCUGCCGGUUAGGGUUCUACGAACCCCUGCGCACUGGCGCCACGAAUGCCAUUUAUAAAGACCCCAACUUUCAAUCUCUCGGAAUCAACGUCUUCGCUGGUGCUGCGUCAGGUAUCAUCGGUGCCGCUUUCGGUUCUCCCUUCUUCCUCGUCAAGACUCGCCUCCAAUCCUACUCUCCUUUCCUUCCUGUCGGCACGCAACAUCAAUAUCGCAACGCGUUCGAUGGAUUAAGCCAAAUAUACAAGUCGGAGGGUAUGGGUGGUUUGUACCGUGGCGUUGGUGCUGCUAUGGUGCGGACUGGUUUCGGAAGCUCCGUCCAGCUGCCCACUUAUUUCUUCGCUAAGAGACGUCUGACAAGACACUUGGGUAUGGAAGAGGGCCCGGGCCUGCACUUGGCCAGUAGCGCAGCGUCUGGAUUUGUUGUCGCCUGCGUUAUGCACCCUCCUGACACGAUCAUGUCGAGAAUGUACAACCAGACGGGUGACCUCUAUAAGGGCGUGUUCGACUGUUUGUCGAAGACCGUCAAGACCGAAGGUCUUUUCGCCAUUUACAAGGGCUUCUUUGCCCACUUGGCCCGUAUCUUGCCUCACACUAUUUUGACCCUCAGUUUGGCCGAACAAACCAACAGACUGAUGCGCCGGGCUGAGGAUAGGUUCCUCUCCGACGACCUCAAGUCGCGACUGUGAAGAUACCUAUAUCCCAGCGCAAUAGCGGCAUAUAAAAUAUACCAUCUCGGUUUUGCCUACCGAGCAAUGCAUUUGUUUCCAAGCAGCGCUCAUUUGUUACAUAGUACAUUUAUAUAUGGAUAUAAUGGGGGCGUUUGGUUUUGGAUUGUCAGGUUGCAUUGCCCUGUCGGUCUUUUGUACAUAGACUGCAGUUGUACAUGCUUUGUGGACAUCUUCAUUGGUGUAAUUCACUAUAUCACUGUUUUUAAUGGAGAUAGUGAAUAUGCCCC